AUGAACACUUCAACCAUCACCAUCACUUCAUCAGAUGACCCAUCAACUACUCAUUCAAAUCAUCAAUCUCAACCUCAAUCUUCAGUUUUGAUCCUCAGAGCUCAUCCAUUAAUCAACAAUCCAAGUCAAGUUCGUCAAACUAGAGUUCAAUGGAGUGAAAAUGUCAUCGAUAAUGAAGGACUAGGUAGAAAGAAAUCAAAAGUUUGUUGUAUUUAUAAAAAACCAAGAGCUUUUGAUGAAUCAUCUGAUGAAUCAGAUAAUUCAUCAGAUUCAGAUUGUUGUCAACAUUCUUCUAAUUCUCAACCUCAUCCUUCCAACAAAUCGAUUCCUAACAAUCCAAGCCAUUCACAUUCCGCCGAACAUAGAUCGUCGGUUCGAUCGUCUCCUCCUACGGCCGUUAAUGCUUAUGAAGCUGAACCUAUCAAUUCAAAAGGUAUUUUCACAUUCACUUUCAUCAUCGACUCUUGA